AUGGAUCGAAACCACGUACUGCUAGCCUCGGUAAAUGCUAGGGCGUCCUCCGUAUACGACGCGCACCGACAGCCCCGGGACGGUGUGAAAAAUAUGCAACGCUUACCGUCGGCCCAGCGACGACGGUUAAAGAAGCGAGUUGGAGAGUGGAGAUGUGCCACUUGGAACAUCGGCACAAUGACUGGAAGAAGCAAGGAGAUAGCAGAGACCAUGAGGCAGAGAAAAGUGAAAAUACUCUGUGUGCAAGAAGUAAGGUGGAGGGGUGGCGGAGUAAGGGAGAUCGGAGAAGGUUAUAAGCUGUACUACUCCGGAAGCAGAACGGGAAGAAACGGUGUGGGUAUCAUCCUCGAUGAAGAGCUCAAGCAAAGGGUAGUGGAAGUCCAAAGGCCCUCAGAUAGGUUGAUGACAAUUAAGGUGCUAACAGGAAAGAGUCGGAUCAACAUCGUGAGUGGUUAUGCUCCUCAGAUUGGCUGUGAAGAUCAAGAGAAGGAAGAGUUCAGAGAACAACUUAAACAGUGUUAG